AUGUGUCUAUUUUUGAUUUAUUCUAUAUGGGGAAACCUUAAAAGGUUAAAAAGGCAUCGAAACACGAAAGAAACUUUGGCCGUUUUAGAUCGUUUAGAUUUGGAUACGGAAAAACCGAGCGAAGAAGAAGUUGCGAAAAAAUUCGGAUUCGAAGAUGAUUACUAUCACGGUAGAUUGUCGUGGUGGCAGAAACUCAAACCUAAAAUAUGGUCACUAUUCGACGAACCCUAUUCGUCGAACGCAGCUAAGGUUCGUAUUAUGUAA